AUGGAACCUGCGCAGCAACCCCAGCAUGGGAGCCGAGAAGCGCCGCCGGCCCCGAUGGUCGCCAAGGGGGAGCGGCCGGGCAACUUGGGCCAGGCAGCCCCCGGCGCCGAAAGCAGCGGCGGCAUAGGGGGACCCAGCACACUGGAAGGCGGCAAAGGAACAGCCGCCACUGUCGUAGCACCGGCGGGUGUAGUCGGGGGCCAGCAACAGCCGCGGCGAAGAAAGCGCGGGGCCGUGGCUGCUGGAGCCGGCUGCGGUGCUUCGCUCGCCCUGGCGGCCAACGGGACUCCGGCGGCGGCUGUUCCCAGCGGCGCCAACUCCCUGCUGUUGCGGAGGGGACGACUGAAGAGGAACCUCUCGGCCGCCGCCGCCGCCUCCUCCUCGUCGCCGUCUUCCUCCUCCUCCUCCCCGGCUGCUCCGGCCGCCGCGGCUGCCUCGCUGGGCACCCGCAGCUUGGAUCGGAAGACGUUGCUUCUGCUGCCCAAGCCGCCUCGGCAGCUCCAGCCGCUCCAGCCGCCCGAGCGAGACUGGGUGCGGCGGGACCUCCAGCGGGGAUGCGUCCAUGUCUACUACUACCACCACCACCACCAUCACCACCACCAACAGCGGGGCGGCGGGGGCGGCGGUUGCUACCUGCUGCCGGUGCUUUGCACCCUGGAGACCACCGCGGCCGAGGUGGCGUCUCGGCUCCUGCAGCUCGGACACCGGGGAGGAGGGAGCAGCGCCGUCCGGGUCUUGGGGAAGGCAGCGGCGACAGGAGCGGAGGCUCGCCUUCCCCAUGAAGGAGAAGAGGACGACGACGACGAGGAUUUGCUCUACCUGUCGGGCCCGCCGCUCUCUUGCCCAUCCCUCCUGGGGGGUUCCGACACCGAGAGCUUCAGCCCCAGCGCCGAGAGCGCCUCCGACCGGCUGGAUCCCUACAGCGGCGGCGGCGGCUCCUCGUCCUCUUCGGAGGACUUGGAGGCGGACCCGGCUCCGCCGGCCACGGCGGACGAAGAAGGGGAAGGAUCGGGGCCUGGCAGGAGCCAGCGGCGGCGGCCGGGCGACCUGCCCUCGGUGCGCGCUGCGGACACGCGGGCGGGGAGAGCUUCGGGGGAGUCCCCCGGCGACGGCAAGGCGCUGGCGGGAGAUUCCUCUCCGUCCGGGGAAGCCGCCUUUCCGAAGCCGCCGGCGGCCUUAUAUGUGCAACUCCAUGGGGAGACCGCCCGCAGGCUGGAAGCGCACGAGAAGCCCCUACAGAUCCAAAACGACUACCUCUCCCAGCUGGGCUUCCGGGACCUGUGGCGGGUGCAGGAGGAGGGCAUGGACUCGGAGACGGGCUGCCUCAUCCGCUUCUAUGCAGGAAAGCCCCACAGCAUUGGCAACUCUGAACGGAUUCAGCUCUCAGGAAUGUACAAUGUUAGAAAAGGGAAAAUGCAUUUGCCGGUCAACAGAUGGACAAGACGCCAAGUUAUCCUUUGUGGGACGUGCCUAAUUGUGUCAUCGGUGAAAGAAAGUCAGACUGGAAAGAUGCACGUGCUCCCCUUAAUCGGCGGAAAGGUUGAAGAAGUUAAAAAGCACCAGCACUGUUUAGCAUUUAGCUCCUCUGGACCGCAGAGCCAGAGUUACUACAUCUGUUUUGACACGUUCACUGAAUACUUACGGUGGCUUCGGCAAGCUUCAAAGAUUGCAUCUCAGCGGAUAAGCUCAGUGGACCUCUCAUGUUGCAGCCUGGAAGAUCUACCUGCCAACCUCUUCUAUAGCCAGGACCUCACUCAUCUCAAUUUGAAGCAAAAUUUCCUGAGGCUGAACCCUGGAGCAUCGACAGCUAGAGGACUUAAUGAGCUACAAAGGUUCAGCAAGCUGAGGAGCCUUAACCUUUCUAACAAUCACUUAGGAGAUUUCCCAAUGGCAGUUUGCAGCAUUCCAACCUUGACUGAGCUCAACGUGUCCUGCAAUGCACUCCAAAGUAUUCCAGCAGCCGUUGGUGAUAUGAACAAUUUACAAACCUUCUUGCUGGAUGGGAACUUCCUCCAGAGCCUUCCUGCGGAGCUGGAAAGGAUGCACCAGCUUAGCUACCUGGGCCUUUCUUUCAAUGAAUUCAGUGACAUUCCUGAGGUAUUGGAGAAGCUGCCUGCCAUGGAUAAGCUCUGUAUGUCUGGAAAUUGCAUGGAGACACUCAGCUUGCAGACACUAAGGAGAAUGCCACACAUUAAACAUAUAGAUCUAAGGUUAAAUGUAAUUAGGAGGCUGGUGGCAGAUGAAGCUGACUUCCUACAUCACGUGACCCAGCUGGACCUUCGGGACAAUAAACUAGGCGAGCUGGACGCCACCAUCUUCAAUAAUGUUGAAAUACUGCACUGUGAAAGAAACCAGCUGGUAACCCUCAAAAUCAGCGGAUACUUGCUUAAAGCUCUUUACGCCACUUCAAAUGAACUUGUUCACCUUGAUGUGUAUCCCGUUCCAAAUUAUUUAACGUAUAUGGAUGUUUCUAGAAACCACCUUGAGAGCCUUCCUGAGUGGGUUUGUGAUAGCAGAAAGCUGGAAGUGUUAGAUCUGGGCCACAAUCAGAUACGUGAACUGCCUGCCCGGUUAUUUUGCAAUGUCAGCUUGCGGAAGCUGCUUGCGGGACACAAUCAAUUAGCAAGGCUACCCGAGAGGAUUGAACGAACCCAUGUGGAGGUCCUGGAUGUGCAACACAACCUGCUUACAGAGCUGCCAUCUAAUUUGCUGCUGAAAGCUGACAGCUUGAGGUACCUGAACGCUUCUGCCAACAAACUGGAAAUGCUGCCUCCAGCCACUCUUUCUGAAGAGACGCGCAGCAUUUUACAGGAACUGUAUUUGACCAACAAUCACCUCACGGAUAAAUGUGUGCCCUUGUUAACGGGCCAUCCGCACCUGAAGAUCCUGCAUAUGGCUUACAAUCGCCUGCAGAGCUUUCCCGCAAGUAAAAUGGCCAAACUUGAAGAGCUGGAAGAAAUCGACGUUAGUGGAAAUAAGCUGAAAUCCAUUCCCACAACCAUCAUGAACUGUAGGCGUAUGCACACUGUGAUCGCGCAUUCUAAUUGCAUCGAAGUCUUUCCUGAAGUCAUGCAGCUCGGUGAAAUCAAGUGUGUGGACCUGAGCUGCAAUGAACUGACUGAAGUCACAUUGCCUGAAAACUUGCCUCCAAAGCUGCAGGAACUAGACCUAACUGGAAACCCCAGACUUGUCCUGGAUCACAAAACCCUGGAGCUAUUGAACAACAUUCGCUGUUUCAAGAUUGACCAGCCUUCGGCCGGGGAUGCAUCUGGCGCCCCAGCAGUGUGGAGCCAUGGUUAUACUGAAGCAUCAGGAGUGAAGAACAAGCUCUGUGUGGCAGCUCUUUCCGCCAAUAACUUCUGUGAGAACAGGGAGGCCCUCUACGGAGUCUUUGAUGGAGACCGCAAUGUGGAGGUACCUUAUCUUCUGCAGUGUACCAUGAGUGACAUCUUGGCAGAGGAGCUGCAGAAAACCAAGAGUGAAGAGGAGUACAUGAUCAACACUUUCAUUGUAAUGCAGAGGAAACUCGGAACGGCUGGGCAGAAGCUUGGAGGCUCUGCUGUCCUUUGCCAUAUAAAACAUGAUCCAAUAGACCCAGGAGGAUGCUUCACAUUAACCUCUGCAAAUGUGGGGAAGUGCCAAUCCGUUCUCUGCAGGAAUGGGAAACCUCUGCCUUUAUCCAGGUCCUACAUGAUGAGCUGUGAAGAAGAGCUAAGGAGGAUCAAGCAGCACAAGGCCAUUAUCACAGAAGAUGGCAAAGUAAAUGGUGUGACGGACUCCACGAGGAUCUUGGGAUACACCUUCCUUCACCCGAGCGUGGUUCCUCGCCCCCACGUACAGUCCAUCACUUUGACUCCUCAGGAUGAGUUCUUUAUUCUGGGCAGCAAAGGCCUGUGGGACAGCCUCUCCAUCGAUGAAGCUGUGGAAGCCGUCAGGAACGUGCCUGAUGCCCUGGGAGCGGCGAAGAAACUCUGCACGUUGGCCCAGAGCUAUGGCUGCAAUGACAGCCUCAGCGCCGUGGUGGUUCAGCUCAACGUUACCGAGGACAGUUUCUGCUGCUGUGAGCUCAACGGCGCCCCUCCUCCCAGCCCUGGCAUUUUCCCCCAGUCUGUCAAUGUCGUCAUUAAAGAUAAGCCUUCCGACGCGUUGGGGAUGCCCUCUUCUAGCAGCGGGAUGGCAUCCGAGAUCAGCAGCGAGAUCUCCACCUCGGAAAUGAGCAGCGAGGUGGGGUCCACGGCCUCCGACGAGCCGCCUCAGGUCACCAUGAAUGAAAACAGCCCCGCCUACCCCAGCGAACAGCGCUGCAUGCUCCACCCGGUCUGCCUCUCCAACUCUUUCCAAAGGCAGCUAUCUAGCGCCACGUUCUCCAGCGCCUUCUCGGACAAUGGCCUUGACAGCGACGACGAGGAGCCCAUCGAAGGGGUCUUUUCCAACGGCAGCAGGGUCGAAGUGGAGGCGGACAUCCACUGCGGCCGGGCGAAAGAGAAGCACCUCCUCCUGCAGGCUCCUGUGGAAGCCAGCGACGAAGGCAUCGUCAUCAGCGCAAACGAAGACGAGACGUGCCUCUUUCGGAAGGGGGACCCUUCCGCCACAGGUACCAUGGGGCGUCGCCGCGGCAACGGCUCCGUGGCCCCUCAGGAGAGGAGCCACAACCUGAUUGAAGUAGCAGCUGACGCGCCGCUCAGGAAAACGGGGGGCUACUUUGCAGCCCCAGCUCAGCCAGAUCCAGAUGAUCAGUUCAUCAUCCCACCGGAGCUCGAGGAGGAGGUCAAGGAGAUAAUGAAACAACACCAUGAGCAGCAACAACAGCAGCAGCAGCAGCAACAGCAGCAGCAGCAGCAGCAACAGCAGCGGCAAUACCAGAUGGACCAGCUGCCCGAUUAUUAUGAUACACCGCUAUGACCGAGCUUCCCGACACGAGCUAACGAGACGUUGAGAGCUGGAAGCUCCUAGGUUUGUAUUACACUAGCGGGAUGGGAAGAAAGAAAGCUUUUGUUCCACUUUCUCUUCCAGACCCUUCCCUUCUACUGAGAACUGCAGCUGCUGCUUCUUGUUUGUUAGCUGUAAUAAUCACCCAUUCUUUUUUCUUCCUUCCCCCCCCCCCCCCCACUUAGUGAUGCUUCACCGGUUAGAAUUAAAAACUAGUUUAACUCUUCCCCUUCCUUAACAUAUCAAAUGUAAAAAGAAAUGGAGAAAAAAAUUAAAAUACAAAAGGUUUAAUAUAUUGCAGAGAAAACUGAUGAUGACGUUGAUGUAAUAUUUUUUAAAAAUCGUCCUGGUUUUUUUGUUUUUGGUCUGUUUGGAAAACAGGGCAGUAUUGCCAGUGCUAAAUGAUUAAGUAAUAUUGUAAUACUGUAUUUCUUUGAGAGAAAAAAAAAAGGCUUUUUUGGUCUUGAAAAUGGAUAGACAUUUGUAGAAUUAUGGAGACUAACUCCUAGGAGUUGCUUUUACUCUUUCAGGUGACUUUAAGUCACUGAGAUUCACUAAUUUUCUCUGAGAGAACAGCUGAUUGGGAAAUUCCUGUAAAUAACUCAGUGUUGUAUAGUAAUGCUUCAAAUGUUUUGUAGUCUUGGCAGGAGGACGCAACCUGAUAAACUGACAAUUUGUCCCCCACCCGCCCACCCUGGGUGCUAUCGCAUGUGCGCCCAAGCUCCCUCCGGCAAGCUGUGAUGCAACCAAAUCCGGAGGGCAGGGAAAUCAAAUAAACAUGAUGCUCUCCGAACGGUUUAGCUGAUUCGAAGAGUCUGGGGCCUGGUUGACCCAUUGAGUCUAUGCCACCAUUUCCAGUUGCCAUCUGGGUUGGCUGGGUCCAAGUCACCAAGGGUGUGUUUCUUCACCUGUGAAAUUGCCCCUCAGUGAUUUGAUCCUUCAGGCUAACCAUCCGUAUAAAGUUAGCAGGAGCAGCUGUACAAGCUGUGUAAGAAUUAGGUGGGUAUUGGGGCCACAAAUACCUGAGUUAUUUUUUUAUUUUAUUUUAUUUUUUUGGUCUUUCUUCACCAUUAACUUUUGCAGGCACAUUUUUGUGUGUGUGAACCUCCCUGCCGCCACAACCAGCAUGAUUGUAUAGAGUUCAUUUACUGUAGAUCAUUUACAUACCAAGAGUUAUAUUAAAGAAGAAUGCACAAAUGAACAUGUCAUAAUUUUUGUUAUAAUAAAUAUAAAAAUUUACAAAUA